AUGGCUAUGCGUAGGUUCAUAGGUCGUCGUGGCAAGCCUGCGCAUAUGUACUCGGAUAACGGAAAGAAUUUUGUUGGAGCCAACUCUGACUUAAAAGAAUUGGGGAACAUGUUAAAACAAAAUUCAGAUAGCCUAUCAGAAAUUCUUGCAAACGAAGAUGUUAACUGGCACUUUAUCCCCCCGUAUUCACCCCAUUUCGGUGGCUUAUGGGAGGCGGCGGUUAGGUCCACCAAGUUUCAUUUGAAGAGGGUAGCGGGAAACGCGCACUUGACCUUCGAGGAAAUGUACACCCUUUUAGUACAAGUUGAAUCCAUUUUAAAUUCAAGGCCCUUAUCCCCUAUUAGUGCCAGUCCUAACGACCUCACUCCUCUCACCCCGGCGCAUUUUUUAAUUGGCCGCCCAUUAACGUCAUUACCAGAUCGGGAGCUGGAAAAUGUCCCCACCAAUAGGCUGGUAAGAUACCAGCGCAUCCAACAGACUGUCCAGCACUUUUGGAGCAGAUGGAAAAAAGAAUACCUCUCAGAAUUACAUCAACGACAGAAAAACCAUCGUGGUCCACAGUUUGUGAAUGUUGGAGACCUAGUGCUUCUAAGAGAUGAAAAUCUGCCACCGUUACGCUGGAGGCUUGGUCGGGUUAAAGAACUUCAUCCCGGAGCAGACGGAAUCGCCAGAGUUAUCACCAUCCAAACUGCCAAUGGUCCUACGAAACGAGCUGCAACAAAGGUGUGUCCCCUACCUGACGUUUCAGAAGGAAAUCGAGCAAAUGAAAGGUGCGGGAGUGCUCAGGGUCAUUAUACCGAGUGA